UGCCCCGGGCUAAAUGCCCCCACCAGUAGAGCAGAUGAGCCAGGGGAACUGACAGAACAAUGCCCCAUUGUCUCAAAUCUGUCUGUCUGGCACAGACCUUGAGAGCCCAGCAGCAGGUCUGAGGCUGCGUGGAGGUCUGAGACCCAACCCCCACACCUCAGAUCCCCCCCUUCUGCCACCGCCGGAUUUCACACCUGCUGCUCCCCAGCUUGACAGUUUCCGUCACUCUCCUGCCCAGAAAGCCACCACAGGAUGCCUGGGCUAGCACUGAGCAGCUACUGUCAUGGGCCCUGGAGUGUGGAGUCCCUGCCUCCUGCUGCUGUGGGGCUGGAGCUGGGGCUGUGCCCUCCCAGCUGGCUCCAUCCUGCCCCCGGGACUCAGCAAGGCUGAAGUGACCCGAAUGUUCAAGGAUUUUAUGAUUCAAUUCAACAGAACUUACAGGAGCCCUGCAGAACAGCAGAGACGCUUCGGGAUCUUCAUUCAGAGUCUUGUCACGGCACAGCAGCUGCAGGAGACGGAGCUGGGCACGGGGCAGUAUGGAGUGACCCGCUUUAGCGACUGGACAGAUGAGGAGUUCCGUGGCGUAUUUCAAAGCCACCCACCCCCCAGCAUGGCCCAGGCUCCCCGGCUCCCGAGGGGGAAGCUGCCCACAUCCUGCGAUUGGAGGAAGGCCGGGGCUGUGACUGCUGUGAGGAACCAGGGAAUGGAGUGUCACUCAUGCUGGGCAUUUGCUGCCGUCUCCAACAUCGAGUCCCUCUGGAACAUCCACUUCCACCAGCCCCGGAACCUCUCGGUGCAAGAGGUGUUGGACUGCAGCUGGUGUGGAGCAGGGUGCAAUGGGGGCUACGUGUGGGACGCCUUCACCACGGUGCUCCGUUUACGAGGUCUGACGAGCGAGGCUGACUACCCCUACAAAGGGAAAACAGAGAAAUGCAAGAAGAACGAUAAGCCAUCAGCUGCCUACAUCCAGGGCUUCCAGACAUUACCUGAAGAUGAGGAGGAAAUAGCUGCACAUGUCGCAUCUCAGGGUCCAAUCACAGUUACCCUGAACUCGGCUGCCAUGAAGUAUUAUAAAAGGGGCAUCUCCCAGCCCUUGGUGAAGAACUGCAGUCCUGACCAGCUGGAUCAUGUUGUUCUGCUAGUUGGCUACGGGGCUGUGAACGAAAGGCAGUUCUGGAUCAUCAAGAACUCCUGGGGGGAUCACUGGGGAGAGCAGGGCUAUUACCGGCUCUAUCGCGGCAGAAACGCCUGUGGAGUCAGCAAGUUCCCUGUAACAGCCAUCGUGCAACGCUUAGGAGCCCCGGGAAGCAAGGUCCAUUGUCCCUCUUGAAGGGGGUGCCGCUGCUGCAGAGAGGCUGUUGACUCCCCUGCAAUGACCUCUGCCACCAUCAAGACAGAAAAAAACUGGUUGGCACCAUAGGCCUUCGCUGUGUGAUGGGGAAAUGAAUUCAAUACUCAGACCACUAUAGCUCCACACCCACAGGUACCAGAGCUGAGUUCGGCCCUUCCAGCAGCACACAUGCAUGCACUGUCCCCGAGCCCAAACCCCUUCCCCUUUGCUGGAACAAUGAAUGGGGCCUGUGAAAUAUCCAUUAAACUGCUUUUCUGUGCUUGGU